CCCGGCAGUCACGUGACACGAGUUUAGGAAGCUGGUCGAAGUUUGUGCUUCCUUGAAGUAAAACCUGCGACUCUGCACAAAACAAUUCGCCGAAAGGGGGCUGAGACGUCACCGCAGCGCUACCAGAAUUCUCCUCUGGAGUUCGGGCAUUCAUCCCAGCCCUAUGUCAUGGCAAGUGAAGUCACCAAGGCAGCCAGUUCCAAUGGUUACCCUAUGAAGGCACAGCUACAAAUUACUGUGCUGUCAGCGAAACUGAAAGAGAACAAGAAGAACUGGUUUGGUCCCAGUCCUUACGUGGAAGUCACCGUGGAUGGCCAGUCCAAAAAAACAGAGAAAUGCAACAACACCCACAGCCCCAAAUGGAAGCAGCCACUCACUGUUAUUGUGACUCCAUUCAGCAAGCUAGUGUUUCGCGUGUGGAGCCACCAGACCCUGAAGGCCGACACUCUACUUGGCAUCGCCAUUUUGGACAUCAGUGCUACACUCAAGUCUAAUAACAUGAAAAUCUCUCAGGUGGUGCAGACCAUCCAGCUGUGUGCAGACAGAGACCAAACAGAUGUGGUGGGAGACCUGUGUGUCUGCUUGGACGGCAUGACAGUUGACCCCGAGAUGUUCGCCAAGGCUGAAGUCGACCAUCAGAAUAUGUCAAAUGGGGACUCACAGCAGCCCAAUGGAGAGCAUACGCCAAGACAUAGCCGAGACAGUUCCCCCACUGUGGACAGCAUAGAACACCGCUCAUCUCCUCGGGGGCGAAGGUCAGGGGCCAUCUCUGGUUCUCCCAGGGUGUCGACUGGGAGCGUGCGCCCUCUGCGGCCACCCAGGCCUUCCAGGCCUCCACCUCCAACCCCGCGUAGACCCACCACCUCACCAGCAUCUACCAGCAAUAGCUCUGCACCAUCCGAAAGCAGCAACGGUCAGCCAGGUUCAGAGGCAUCAGUGCGUACUACUGUCCCAGGACCUUCAGCAGCACCAGACUCCAGUCCUUCAGCGAGUGACAGGAACACCACCGCAUCUACAGCUACUAACUGUGGACCUCCAGCCACCAGACAGCCAACCAGCAGUGUUGGCCCUGCUGUUACCUCCAGGGUGCCUGCAGUCAACUCUGGACCUCUGCCUCCUGGCUGGGAGCAGAGGGUGGACCAGAACGGCAGGUUGUAUUUUGUUGACCAUGUUGAAAAGAGGACAACAUGGGAGCGCCCAGAACCAUUACCACCAGGCUGGGAGCGCCGCGUCGACCAGAUGGGUCGGGUUUACUUUGUCGACCACAUCACGCGGACCACCACGUGGCAGCGCCCCACGAUGGAGACAGUGCGCAACUACGAGCAGUGGCAGCACCAGCGUAGCCAGUUGCAGGGCGCCAUGCAACAGUUCAACCAGAGGUUCAUAUUUGGGACACAGGACCAGGCGGCAGCCACACAGAAUAAGGAGUAUGAUCCUCUUGGGCCUCUUCCACAUGGAUGGGAGAAGAGAACAGACAGCAAUGGCAGAGUGUAUUUUGUGCAUCAUCCCACGCGGUCGACACAGUGGGAAGACCCACGGACACAAGGCUUGUUGAAUGAGAAGCCGCUUCCAGAGGGCUGGGAGAUGAGGUUUACCGUAGACGGUAUUCCCUAUUUCGUAGACCACAACAGGAGAACCACCACUUACAUCGACCCUCGCACUGGAAAAUCUUCACUUGAAAAUGGACCUCAGAUCACAUACGUCAGAGACUUCAAAGCCAAAGUACAAUACUUCAGAUUCUGGUGCCAGCAACUGUCAAUGCCUCAGCACAUCAAGAUCACUGUGUCACGAAAAACUCUGUUUGAAGACUCCUUCCAGCAGAUCAUGAGCUUCAAUGCUCAGGAUUUGCGAAGAAGACUGUGGAUCAUCUUCCCUGGAGAAGAAGGCCUUGACUACGGAGGUGUUGCCAGGGAGUGGUUUUUCCUGCUGUCCCAUGAGGUGCUGAAUCCCAUGUACUGUCUGUUUGAAUACGCCGGAAAAGAAAACUACUGUCUUCAGAUCAACCCAGCCUCCUACAUCAACCCUGACCACCUUAAAUAUUUCAAGUUCAUUGGCCGCUUCAUUGCCAUGGCACUCUUCCACAGCAAGUUCAUCGACACAGGUUUCUCGCUACCAUUUUAUAAGCGCAUCCUGAACAAGCCUUUAGCCCUCAAAGACCUGGAGUCAGUCGAUCCAGAAUUCUACAAUUCUCUUAUGUGGAUUAAGGACAACAACAUCGAAGAGUGCGGUCUGGAAAUGUUCUUCUGUGUCGACAAGGAAAUCUUAGGGGAAAUCACCACCCACGACCUGAAACCCGGAGGAGGAGACAUCCAAGUUACGGAGGAGAACAAGGAAGAGUAUAUCAGGUUGGUAGCAGAGUGGAGGCUGUCUCGAGGUGUGGAAGAACAGACCCAGGCUUUCUUUGAAGGCUUUAAUGAGGUCCUCCCGCAGCAAUACCUGCAGUAUUUUGAUGCCAAAGAGCUGGAGGUGAUGCUGUGCGGCAUGCAGGAGAUUGACCUGUCAGACUGGCAAAGAAACACCAUCUACAGACACUACACUCGAAGCGCCAAGCAGAUCAUGUGGUUCUGGCAGUUCAUAAAAGAGAUGGACAACGAGAAGAGGAUGAGGCUGUUGCAGUUUGUCACUGGUACCUGCCGCCUGCCCGUAGGAGGCUUUGCUGAUCUCAUGGGAAGCAAUGGCCCCCAGAAGUUCUGCAUUGAGAAGGUCGGAAAAGAAAACUGGCUUCCCAGAAGUCACACAUGUUUCAACAGAUUGGACCUGCCGCCUUAUAAGAGCUACGAGCAGCUCAAGGAGAAGCUGAUGUUUGCCAUCGAGGAGACGGAAGGCUUCGGACAGGAGUGAUGUUUUGAAAACAGCCUGAAGAGGCUGCGACACGGGAUGAAGAUCAUAUGGGGUUCAAGCCUUCACUUCAUGAGGGGCCGCUCGUAUACCGUGUGUUUAUUGCAUCCAUCUCAAAGGAAAAUAUUCUUGAUUGGGAGCCUUUGCCAAAACCAGAAUCCACCACCAUCAAUGAGAAUGAGCACCAAAUUCCACAUGGGAGUGUUUGCCAAAUCCCCUCUUAAAAGCAAGCAAGACUCACCAUUGGAGGGCAGCGUUCCAGUCUUGCCUUGCAUUAGUCUAAAUAUUCAUUGCUACAUGAAAAGGGGGUCACCAAAAGUGGAACAGAUUGUAUUGUGUUGGCUCUUGGGGCGCACUCACACUACAAGGCAACCUAAAGUCUGGUUUGUUGGCCCUGCGCGCUUGGAAAAGGUGGACCUGGACCUCCUGCCAGUUAUUAAUGAUAAAUGCCACCUUACAUUAUGGAAAUAAAUAGAAAUAUUUGAGAUGUGCAUAAAGUCCACAGUACACUCGCCCAUGCACGCUUGCAAAAUAGACUUGUCAUGUGUUUGCUCCUCCCACCAGUUACGGAAGAUAAUCGCCACCUUGCACAUUAGAGCAACUCAAAAUAAGCCACCAAUUCGGGCAAUAUGCAGUAAUACAUGUGUUGUAUGAUAAAGUGAUGUCAUGUAGGGCAGUGUGAGUGCGCCGCUAACCAAGCAACCUCCACUAUAAUGAUUGUCACGUCUUCUGUCACAUCCGUCUCUCCUGUACCGCUAACAAGACUUUUUAAAUACCCGAAGAAGCAACAAUAACUGCAAGUAAGAACGCAGCACAUGUAUGCAAAUUGUGGUGCUUCACACACACACACACACACACACACACACAUUUGGGAGACAUAUAAGCCAAUAAGCAGUGGUGGCUGGUCAUAUCCUGCAGUAUUUUCCAGUCAGAGGGUGAAAACAAACCCGCAAUGACGGCACUGAAAAGGAGUUCUAGUUUUAUAGGACCGCAGUGUGUAUGUAGGCUGUCAGCUUUCAGGGUUUUUUUUUGUCCAAUACGACCCUUGUGAUGUCCUUUAAGGGGAUGACAAGUGUUCCGAGAUGGUGUAUCUUCAUGUAUCGUGCGGAGAAAAACACCAAAAAAGUCGAACCAAAUUAAGUUUUUUUCCCAAGUAAAUCAUUUAACAAAAUGUUUUAACUGUCUGCUCUAGCAUUAACGAAUCACAUUGAUGACCUCCACAAGUCCCCCCCCCCAAAUGCUCUAGUAAAUUAAUAAGGUGUUCCAUCCUUUAUGAUUUACUAUUGCACCAAGUCCAUGAAAUAAGUGUGGACAAAUCAGAAUAAUACGCAGUCUCUACAUCUUCGUUUUUGAAGAUUCUUACUUUGGUGCACGCUGAUUCAUAAAUGAAACACUAAUUGUGUUCUUGAAAAACAAGUUUUACACAGUGAGGGGGAGAUAACAUGGAAAUCAGCUUUCCUUUGUUGUUAGAGGGGCCCUAUCCUGCAUUUCCCACUUUUCCGACUUGAUCUUUAAAAUGUUGUGCUCUAUUUCGUGAACAAAGCAGUUUGAUGCUGGAAUUUAUCCAAUUGUCUCUAAUAUCCAAUUCUUCUUUACUGUUUGCUGACCACCACUGGCACAUAGCCGAUUGAGGGAGGCAUGUGGUAAUGGGUGGGGGGCUGGAGCCGACUCUCGGUCCAUCCAUCGCUACAGAGUAGACGUGGUCAGGGAGGCGGCUGUGGAAUCCUAGCAUGUUAGCCAAGAGGGGAAAAAAAUGCAGAUUUACCCUUUACACAACCUGAGAUUUAUGGAUUCUUUUAUUGAAAGAAACUUACUAUAGUGCCCCACUGGGGUAGAAUAUCUUUUUAAACCCCCCCGAAAUGAGCAGGAUAGGGCUCCUUUAGCUCCUAAUAAAGAGUUACGUUGUCCUGGGUCGAUUCUAUUUAAUUUGUAAUCAUAUAGAAGUUAGCAAAUUCCAAACCACCAUACAACCUUAUGCUUAUGUAACAUACAGGACCUUUAAGACCUGCAUGUAAAACUGUCACUCUUCCUGCACACAAAAAAACAAGAUGUAAAUAAAUAACAUUAAAUAACAUGGUUUUUUUUUUCCUUUUGUAAAGGGUUUUAAUAAGAGGUUUAUGGUAACACUAUAUUUUCCUUCACCCUUUCUAAUUUCGGAUGUACAUGAAAUAUGUGAAAGGAAAAAACAAUCUCUGAAAUGGUCACCUUAAUAAAUUAAAUCAAACAUUGUUGUGUCGAGUGCUUUGUACUGAUCUAUAUCACGUAUGUAGACGUGAUGCAGCUAAGGAUGUCAAUGGGAACAAGUUGGUUUUUACAUGUUUCAUUUUAAUGGAAAUGUUAAUACAACUAAUGAGAAAUUGUUGGAAUUAAUUAAAAAAAAACAAC